UCUACCUCGGAAAACUGUGCCCCACUCGUCGUCGGAACAGCUGCUUCUUUUUAAGAGACAUCCAAUCUUCGCUCUACCUUCACAUGCAAUUUGUACAGGUGCCAGCGUCUAUUUCGUCAGCUCGAAAUUCUUUUGUCGUUUAUAUUACACACACUCUUUAACAUUAAUCUUCUAAUUACCAGACUGUCUUCUCCCUACCGCAGCGAGUCGACGUCUUCAUUACUUCCAACUACAUACGAUCUUUAUCCCGGACAGUCUCGACUGUUAUUUCCAGACUUGGGUCAACCAGCCUAUCACUUCGUUCAAACCAAAUCUGUCAUUCCAGGAGACCUGACGUCCUCUCUUUCAUUCUCAAACUCUUCUCAACAUCUCACUCUUCACCAUGGCCUACCAACAUUCAAGAUACGGACAAUGCGAUAGUUUCUUCUACGAGGAGGAGGACAGCUUUCAUGCCAUCCAAGCACAGAAACGGGAGCAGGCCAGACAGGUUGCACGGCAACAUCAGCGUAUCAUGGGCAUGCAGUUGUCUCAAACGACUGCAGAUGAAUAUCAGGAUGACAUCCUUGCCCAUAUGGAGAAGAUGGAGGCCGACACCAUGCCAGACGUCAAUUCGAUUGACAUCCAGACCGAGAUCCAGUGGUUCAUGCGUCCCUACCUACUCGACUUCCUCAUCGAAGCUCACAUGGCCUUUCAGCUAUUGCCCGAGACCCUCUUCCUCGCAGUGAACCUGCUCGAUCGUUACUGCUCCCGUCGUGUGGUCUACAAGCGUCACUACCAGCUCGUCGGAUGUGCUGCCCUCCUCAUUGCCGCCAAAUAUGGUGACAAGAAGGACCGAGUGCCUACCAUACGCGAGCUGAAGAGCAUGUGUUGCCAGCUGUACGACGACGAGAUGUUCACCCAGAUGGAAUGGCACGUCUUGGCCACUCUGGACUGGAUGAUUGGACACCCCACCAUUGACAGCUUUCUUCAGAUUGCCCUGGCCGAGCUGGAGGAGGAGCGUGAGGUCGAGCAUCUGACCCAGUACAUCUGCGAGAUUGCCCUCUUCCACCGCGAAUUCGUCUCCGUCCUCCCUUCGAUACUCGCCAAGUCCGCCUUGACGCUGGCGAGAUGUGUCCUCAACCGCUCGACGAGCCAUCAAUCCAUAUGGACUGGAUCCUAUGAUCAGACCGUCGUCGUUGCCCUCUCCACGCAUCUAUACAACCCUUCGCAGGUGGUGGCCCGCAAGUACGCCUCCGGCCAGCUGUCGUCAGUCUCGACCGUCGUGGAGGAGUUCCUUCGCAAGCAGUUGCAAGCACAAGCCAUGAAACAAAUGCACGCUCCACCCACGCCCACGCUCACUCCAGUCAACGACCAGACCCCCGACCUCUACCACAGCCCUCACACCCCGCAGAAGAAUCACCAGAAUGCAGGGUACGGACAGGGCGCCUGGACCCCGCCAGAUACUCCCGAUGAUGAAAGAUACGCCCCGAAUGACCCAAAGAUUCAUCAACUACACCCCCAAAUCGCCUACCCAGCCACACCCACCAACGAAUUUGAGUCUAUGGCCUACAGCGAUCCCUUCCACCAGACCCAGCAACACUUUACCGCCCAGUAUGUACAGUAGCCUUUUAUGUUUUCUGGCAUUGGUCAAAAUAUACGGCUUUGACCACAGCGUCGAACCUUGUUGUUGUUG